CUGAGCGGGGGCUGAGGCAGCUCUGAAAAAAAAGUUCUUCUCGCAGACUGAUGAAUAAAUAAUAAUAACAACGAAAAGAAGAAAACCCAAAGACCAGGAGAGUCAACAGGGAGAGGCAGAUGCCUCCGUCAAGGAGGUGAAGGAAGGCAGAAGGAGUCAGGAGGAGGUGAGCUGUUGGCACCCGUGGGUUGGGAAUGACAAGGGACUCCAGGACAUACCUACACUGAGCUGGUGGGGAGGAAGAAGACCGUGAAACAAGGGUAGCACAGCCCUAGGCAGGGAGAGGAGGACUGAAGGACUUUGGCAAUUGGAAAGGAGCCAGCGUAGGUGGCAGAAGUGAGGUUAAAGCAAUCGGAGUGUCGUUAAAAAAGAAAAAGUAGGGGUGAAAAACAAUGACAUGAGUGAAAAGAACAAAAAGAAAAAAGUAGAAGAGGAGGAGGAAGAGGAGGUGGUUAAGGAAAGUGGGGAAGAUGAAAGCCAGGAGAAAAAAAGCAAGAAGAAAUCAAAGUCUGAGGACUCAGAGAUUGAUCCAGAAGUGAAGAAAAAGAAAAAAAACAAGCGAAGAGAGCAUAGCAGUGAGGAUGAGGAUGACUACGAGCGUAGGAAGAAAAAGAAGAAGAAAGGCAAAAAAAGCAAAGAUAAGAAGAAGAAGAAAGGUGACAAGUCCAAGAAAGGAAAGACAGACGAUAAUUUUUUGGAGAUGUAUGAACAGGAGCUACGGGACUAUCAUUCAGAUUCCUCCAACGCGGCAGAAGAUGAGUACAACAAGAAAAAAGUUUACGAGGUGAUCACGGUGACAGGAGAUGUCCGGGGAGCAGGAACCGAUGCAAACGUCUUUGUUACUCUCUUUGGAGAGUUUGGGAUUACUCCCAAGAUUCAUCUCACAAGCAACACCGACAAGAGGUACCUGCAGCUAUUUUAUAUUUUACCCUCAAAAGAGCUUCUCUUCCCAGUGAAGCAACUCAAACAUGAGAGUCUGUAA